AUGAUGUCGGUCAUCGUGCGCGUGGCCGGCCUGUUCGGACUGAUGGUGUCGGAGCCAAAGACGGAGAUCAUGUGCAUGCUGCCAAAAGGGAUCGAGGAACGCCCGUUCACGGUCAGCGCCGCCGGCCAGACGUACAAGCAGACAGAUCGGUUUGUGUACCUCGGACGUACCAUCUCCGCGGACGGGAAGGCCGACCGGGAGAUCACGAGCCGCAGCUGCCGAGCGUGGAAGUGCUACCGCCGGAACAGUGCUUCGAUGUACGACAGGCGACGGGCCAACCGCCAGCUCAAGAUCCGGCUUCUCCAGGCUGAAGUGGUGGAGACUCUCCUGUAUGGGUGCGCCUCGUGGAGACUAACAGCGGAGCACGACACGAAGCUCAAUGGGACCCACCACCAGUUCCUCUCACGGUGCAUCGGCUGGAGCAAGCGGAAACGCUCAGACCGCCCCCUGUCCUAUGCCCAGGCCCUCAUCCAGGCAGGCUGCGAGGAAACCAUCGAGGCCACCGUGCGCAAACGGAGACUGUGUUUCGCGGGCUUCGUUAUGCGCAUGGAGGACAACCGCCUCCCCACGCGCAUGCUGUUAGGAGCGAUGGCGGGGGGCGUGGGAUACCGGGGCGGGCAGGAGAGCGACUGGGUGUCUCGUCUAGGAGAGGACCUCGUGGCCUUCAACAUGGGAGACGAAAAGGAAGGGGGGAAAUGGAAAGAGAGCGCCAAGAACUCGGAGGUGUGGUACAACAAGGUCGAGGACGGGGCGGCAUGGUUCAUGAGGAAAUGGCACAGGCAGGAGGCGGAAGCGACCGAAGAGAAAGAGAACCGGCGAAGCGGCGGUGGGGGGGAAGAAACGGCGACCGGGCACUGCAGUAGAAGCGAGUAGGGCGGCCGAGGCAGCGCUUGUGGCGAACUUGUACCCGGCUGAUGUUGUUGCGCCCUGUUUCCCUCCCUGCCGUAUGCUAUACUCCUUUAUGUAUGUCCUUGUAUUGCCUUCGGCCUCUGUGCUGUGUUUCUUUUUUUUUUUCAUGACCUCCCUGCCUGCUCUGCUGUGUUGGGUACCUUGAUCUCGCUUUGCUGUUGCCUUUGUUUUUUUGUACGGCUGGCUGUCUGCCCAUCUGCCGCCUCUUUGCCCUGUUUGCUCCGUUACUCCCAUGCCCUGGUGCGCAGUGCCUGGUGCUGGUACGUUACCCUUUGAUUUUUUCUUUCGGCGGGUGUGGGAAGCGUCCUCCUUUAUUUUUUUUUUUUUUUUUUUUUUGUUUUAUUUUGAUUGGUGUCCGAGGGCUCUUUUCUCGAACGGUAGGUGCGAUACCUGUUCUUU